GGAUGAGAAAAUCCCUGCAAUCUGAUUGGUUGAGAGCAAUGCAAAAAUUUUACUGGGCUGCAUGAACGAUAUCCCGAUAAUCAAAACGCAACGAUAUCCACUGUAAACAAGCAAUCGUCCGAAAAGGUCAUUGUGAUGUCAUCGCGCAUGUACUGUUACCGUCGCUUGUUUACGUCAAAAUUUGAAUUUCGAUCAAAGCAGAAUGAAUCAAAGGAUGCAAAAUGAUCUAUUCCCAUUCAGCCAUUGGACUGAACCGGUACCAAGACCGGAACUGUAACACAGUAAGGAUGGUCAAUAUGAAGCGAGCUUCAUUGAAUUCCUCCAAGAGCUCUGUACUCUGUUCUGAUCAUUUUGAAGAUGCUUGCUUUGACCUGGGCAGACGAUACGUCUUAAACAGGAUGCUGUCCCAACCAUAUUUGAUUUCCCGCCUCGUCUUCAGAAGAAUUCACCCAAACCAAGGUAUUUCCCAAAAGACUUUUCGAUUCAGCAAACAACCUCCCAGAUACUGCAAAGACACCAGUGCCAAAGUCUUCAGCACCUUAAUUUCUCGAAGACCACUCCUACUGAAUACCAGAAAGUCCAAGAGGGGUAAAGUGGAAGUCAACAACAAUAAUGGACUGUAUUAAAACUUGGAGAAGAGGCUGAAAACCACACAGAAGUCCUACCUUAUACAUUACUUGCUUUUAAGUUUGGACAAACAUUGAUUUGCACAACUUUACAACAAAAAAUUUACGCUGUGUGGAUUCUGAUUAUUUAAAAUAGCUCAAUGAAAACGUUUAUCACUGGGCAUGUAACAAAAAUGAAUUCAUUGAAUUUGAAGAUGUCUUACAGUAUAUUCAUUCUGAUUUGAAUGUCAGAAGAGAAAAAAGUUUGUGAAAAGUAGGAAUGACGGCAAGCUGACAGAAGAAUAGAAUACAUGUAGGAUAGAACAAGGCCACAGUUAUAAAUGAGCUGUUGGAUAGAGACAAAAAGAUGAAUUAAGAAUGGGGGUGAUAGAGAAAUAGAGACAGGAAUUGGGGAGCCUGUGAUGAAUGCCUGAGAAAGUAAAAAUUACCAUAUUUUAUUUUUUUAAGGAUUUGAACAGUC